GGAAAGGGACCUGCCAUAUGCCUGCCUGGCUGUGGAGAAUCAUUUGGGGAGGUUUAAAUGAGAAAUGGUAUCAGUUUCUCUCUAGUAAGUCGGUUGUACAUUAUUACUGCCUUUCUAUUCUUUGAGCAGAACCCGAUGUCUCUAAACAUCAGAUGUCCAACAUCAGCUCUGUGAGCGAGUUCCUCCUGCCGGCAUUCGCAGACACGCGGGAGCUGCAGCUCCUGCACUUCGGGCUCUUCCUGGGCAUCUACCUGGCUGCCCUCCUGGGCAACGGCCUCAUCCUCACCGCCGUAGCCUUCGACCACCGCCUCCACACCCCCAUGGACUUCUUCCUCCUCAACCUCGCCCUCCUCGACCUGGGCUGCAUCUCCACCACUCUGCCCAAAGCCAUGGCCAAUGCCCUCUGGGACACCAGGGCCAUCUCCUAUCAAGGAUGUGCUGCACAGGUCUUUUUCUUUCUCUUCUUUGUUGGAGCGGAGUAUUGUUUUCUCACCAUCAUGGCCUACGACCGCUACGCUGCCAUCUGCAAGCCCCUGCACUACGGGAGCCUCGUGGGCAGCAGAGCUUGUGCCCAGAUGGCAGCAGCUGCCUGGGGCAGUGGCUUUCUCAAUGCUGUCCUGCACACGGCCACUCCAUUUUCCCUGCCCCUCUGCCAAGGCAAUGCUGUGGACCAGUUCUUCUGUGAGAUCCCCCAGAUCCUCAAGCUCUCCUGCUCAGAUGCCUACCUCAGGGAAGUUGGGGCACUUGUGUUUAGUGUUUCUUUAGUCUUUGGUUGUUUUGUUUUCAUUGUGCUGUCCUAUGUGCAGAUCUUCAGGGCAGUGCUGAGGAUGCCCUCUGAGCAGGGCCGGCACAAAGCCUUUUCCACGUGCCUCCCUCACCUGGCCGUGGUCUCACUGUUUGUCAGCACUGCCAUGGUUGCCUACCUGAAGCCCCCCUCUGACUCCUCACCAUCGUUGGACCUGGUGGUGGCAGUUUUAUAUGUGGUAGUACCUCCAGCAGUGAACCCCCUCAUCUACAGCAUGAGGAACCAGGACCUGAAAGCCACGCUGAAGAAACUGAUUCUAGUGGUAAUAUUCACUUAG